GCAUUGAAACAACUGAAGAUGGAAAGUUGGUCAGUUGAGCAAGUCUGCAACUGGUUGAAACAGAGAAAUUUAGGAGAACUAGUUCCUAAGUUCCGUGAAGAAGAAAUAAGUGGAGCAGCUCUUCUGGCUCUUAAUGAUCGUAUGGUGCAGCAGCUGGUGAAGAAGAUUGGGCACCAGGCAGUGCUGAUGGACCUGAUUAAAAAAUACCAGCAACAGAAGAGUGGGCUAGAAUCCCUUACAUACUGUUGUGAAACAGCUUCUCAAAAAUUUCCAGAAGUAAUCAGUGGGGCUACUGACAGACAGAUGUUAAAUUCUUCUGAUCCUGUGGAGCAGAAGUAUCUGUGUUCAGCUGAAAACAAAAAAGGACUAAUUGAUCAUAGAGUGCUAAAGCAAAAAAAAAACCUGAAAUCAUUUUUUGUGAGACACAAGAUGUUGCAGUGGACAAGUUCUUAUGUUUUUCCAGAUUUUCCUUACGAUAUCAAAUGCAUAUUAGCAGAAAAAAAAUGCCCUGAUCACAGUACGAGAAUAAGAAUUAUUGAAUUUUUACAAGCAGACAUGACAAAAUACCUGGAAGGAUCACUGUAUCCGAACAGUCAGCAGUAUAACAUUGUUGUCAAUGCUCUGCUCCAGGCGUACCCAUUCCUUGAUGAAGAUGGGAAUGGCUUUUUGCUGUGGAAACGGGCCCUUAAAGAUCGUUUCAAAUAUGUGCGGAGACCCAUUGAAGAUGAUGAGCAAGUCCUGAGGAACAAAUGCAAGUUUGGCCACAGGAGAGGACAGAGCAGAAAAUCUUCUUUUGCUGAAAAUACUCUUGAUGAUGUCCAGGGGCAGGAAGAACCUGGUCAUCUUAAAGGCAGUGCAAUGGAUUUACAUAUUAAGUGGCUUAAUCGAGAAUAUAUGAAAACUCAGAGGAACUGGGAAGAAGUGGAUAACAGAAUGAAUGUGACAAUGGAAAUACGGAGAAAGAUGAUCAGUGAUAAGGCACCUUUAAAAGAUGUUCUUAGACUAUUUCCUUUCUUAAGAUGCCCUUAUCAGCUUUUUAGGGAGUUCCAGCUUCUCACACACAUGGAUAUUUAUAAGAAAACAGUCGAGAUUCUGGAGAUUUAUUCAGAAAACAUUUUAUCCUUGUAUGUGGUGAGGAAUAAUCCAAUUAACAUUAUGCUGCAAGAAAAUCUGAAGCAGCACACAGAGGAAGACGUUCUGAAAUAUAUGAAAAUGACUGCUGCAUGUUUACUCCUGCCAGAGGUCUUUGGAGAUGAUUCCAGUCUGUUUGCUGCAGUGAAUGAGGAGGUAAAGGCAGUGACGCCAGUGCUGGAAGUGAAAAAUCCCUUUAACAUGAAUUCAUGCGAGUUUGCCCUGUACAUAGAAAGGGAAGAGCUAGCCCAGCUGGAUGACUGCACCAUGGCUCUGGCGGCGCUGGUGGCUGCAUUCCAUGUGUUUGAUAUCCCAUGCCCAAAGAGAAUCCACAGGACGCUGAACUUCCUGGAGUCCCUGGUCUUUGAGGUGAGGAACCCAGCAUCCCUGCCCACCCCAGUAAAGACAGGGCUGGAGACACCCAAGCAUCCAGUAUCUGAUGGUGCACCCAGCACUCCUCUCAGGAGCAUUUGA